AGUGCUGGGAUCAAAGGCGUGUGCCAACAUGCCCAGCCAGCUCUGAAUUUCUGAUCUCUGCCUCGACCUCCCAAAUGCUGGAAUUAUAGAAGUGUGCCUCCACCCACUUUUUUUAGGCGUUGCAGGGAAAUCGAACUCAAGUCCUCCGCGUGGCAAGCGGACACUCCACCCACAGCCUUAACGCCGGCCUGCGGGUAGGCGCGCUCUCUCUCUGUCUCUCUGUCUCUGUCUCUCUCUGCUUCGCAACGACACAGACUAGGCGGAGCGCUAGGAGCAGGGUGGAACAUCGGAAAGGCCGGCUGGGGCUUCAGCCAAUAGGUCGAAGGGGGCUGGAUAAGAGGCGUGGCUUCCACUGACCAAUCAGCGCGCGCGACCUCCUUGCCGCUCUAUGCCGCUCCGCCCUGAGCUCGCUGGUCCCAGAAGGCGCCGGGUUCCCCAAGAUGGCGGCCGACGUGUCCGUUACUCACCGGCCUCCGCUCAGCCCGGAGGCGGAGGCCGAAGCGGAAGCUACCGAGACCACCGAUCGCCGGGCGCCCGAACAAGACCUGCCGCCUCUCGAUCCGGAAGAGAUCCGGAAACGUCUGGAACAUACCGAGCGCCAGUUCCGUAAUCGCCGCAAGAUCUUGAUCCGAGGCCUCCCGGGGGACGUGACCAACCAGGAAGUCCAUGACCUGCUGAGCGACUAUGAGCUCAAGUACUGCUUCGUGGACAAAUACAAAGGGACAGCUUUUGUGACGUUGCUGAAUGGAGAUCAGGCAGAAGCUGCCAUCAAUGCCUUUCACCAGAGCCACCUGCGAGAGCGGGAGCUGUCAGUGCAGCUGCAGCCCACUGACGCCCUCCUGUGUGUGGCCAACCUGCCGCCCAGCCUGACACAGGCACAGUUUGAGGAGCUGGUACGGCCCUUUGGCAGUUUGGAGCGUUGCUUCCUGGUGUACAGUGAGCACACUGGCCACUCCAAGGGUUAUGGCUUUGCAGAGUACAUGAAGAAGGAUUCGGCCGCCCGGGCCAAGUCUGACCUGCUGGGCAAGCCCCUGGGCCCUCGAACACUCUACGUACACUGGACAGACGCCGGGCAGCUGACCCCAGCCUUGCUGCACUCCCGAUGCCUCUGCGUGGACCACCUGCCACCUGGCUUCAGUGACGUGGAAGCUCUGCGCCGGGCUCUGUCAGCUGUCUAUACCCCUACCUUCUGCCAGCUGGCUUGCGGCCAGGACGGGCAGCUGAAGGGUUUUGCAGUGCUGGAGUACGAGACGGCAGAGAUGGCCGAGGCAGCUCAGCAGCGGGCAGAUGGCCUGGCUCUGGGGGGCAGCCACCUUCGAGUAUCCUUCUGUGCCCCAGGGCCCCCUGGCCGCAGCAUGCUGGCAGCACUCAUUGCUGCCCAGGCCACGGCCCUCAAUCGAGGUAAGGGACUCCUGCCUGAGCCCAACAUCCUGCAGCUACUAAACAACCUGGGCCCAUCUGCCUCGCUCCAGCUGCUCUUGAACCCUCUACUGCAUGGAGGUGCCAGUGGCAAGCAGGGCCUCCUGGGUGCUCCCCCAGCCAUGCCCCUGCUUAAUGGACCCGCCCUGUCUACUGCACUACUACAACUAGCCCUGCAGAGCCAAAACCAAAAGCCUGGGAUCCUUGGAGACUCGCCCCUGGGCAACCUCCAGCCUGGGACCCAGCCUGCCAACUCCCUCCUUGGGGAGCUGUCUGCAGGGGGGGCCCUAGCCCCGGAACUGCCACCCCGAAGAGGGAAGCCACAACCUUUACUACCACCGCUGCUGGGCCCCUCUGGGGGUGACCGGGAGCCCAUGGGCCUGGGUCCCCCGGCAUCCCAGCUCACUCCAACCCCAGCCCCCGUGGGGCUCCGAGGCUCUGGCCUCAGAGGCCUCCCGAAGGACAGUGGGCCCCUGCCAACACCCCUUGGGGUCUCACUGCUGGGGGAGCCCCCAAAGGACUACCGAAUCCCCCUGAACCCCUACCUGAACCUGCACAGCCUGCUCCCAGCUGGCAACCUGGCAGGCAAGGAGACCCGGGGCUGGGGAGGUGCUGGGAGAGGCCGACGCCCGCCUGAGGGUGCCCUGCACAGCCCUGCAGCUCCUGGAGGAGGUGGAGGUGGUGGCAAAGCCUUCCAGGUGAAGUCCCGCCUCCUCAGCCCCCUCACCAACAACCGCCUGCCCCCAGAGCCAGGGCUCCCUGACAGCUACAGCUUCGACUACCCAUCAGAUGUGGGACCUGGACGGCUCUUCUCCCACCCUCGUGAGCCAGCCCCAGGACCUCAUGGACCCAGCCGACACAAGAUGUCCCCCCCACCCAGCAACUUCAACGAGCGGAGCAGUGGAGGCAGUGGGGGACACCUCUCUCAUUUUUAUUCGGGUUCACCCACCUCCUACUUUACCAGCGGCCUGCAGGCUGGCCUAAAGCAGAGCCACCUCAACAAGGCAGUUGGCUUCUCCCCACUGGGCUCCAAUGAAGGGCUCCUGGGCCUUGGCCCUGGGCCUAAUGGCCAUAGCCACCUACUGAAGACCCCACUGGGAGGCCAGAAGCGCAGCUUUGCCCACCUGCUGCCCUCGCCCGAGCCCAGCCCGGAGGGUAGCUACGUGGGCCAGCACUCGCAAGGCCUCGGUGGCCACUACGCAGACUCCUACCUGAAACGGAAGAGGAUUUUCUAAGGGGUCAGCGCCAGAGAUGCUCCAAGGGCCUGAACCAAGUCACUUUGGAAUUUUUUUUUUUUUUUUUCUGGUGUUUGUUUUGUGGGAUUUUUUUUUUUUUUUUUAAUUUCUUUGGGUAAUAGAGAAAUCUCUGAAAAGACUGCUGACCAAUCAGCCGGAGCCCAAGGAAUGUGGGGGCUUCUGGGGGCCAUACCAUAUGCCAGUGGGUCUAUUCCCGGAGCCUAAACCCUGCAGCCUUAAGAGAGGGGCCAAGCCUGCUCUCUCCCUCCCUAGCUCCCGGCCUCGUCACUCCUGUAAUUCCGGCCUUCCGAGUGCCUUGGAGGUAACCCUGGCCUCCUGUGAGGAUCAGAGACCAUGCCCCCUUUUUUAAACUUCCACAAUUGACUUCAUUUUCCCUUUCUAAUUUUUAUUCUUUUUUACCAGAAUGGUGACACCUCCCCCCACCCCCACAUGCACACACAGCUCUGACUCCUUCAAGGUCUGCCUAGGCCUCCAAACCACACUUGCAGUAUGAGACUGGCUUAACCCUUUUUUCCCUGUGUUGCAGAAGGCAUGACUGUCUCCUGCCUUUGCCUGCCUCCUCUGGCCAGUACCCCAGCCCCAGGCCCCUUCCCUACCUUCUGAUGCCUUAAAGUUGGGCCAUAGGUCCUACUGGGCCAGAGCCUCUCAGACUCUGAGCUCUAGAAGCUCAAGUCAGGACCAAAGAGCUCUCGCUCAGGAAUGGGGCUCUCUUCCUAGGGUGUCCGCCCUGUCUACAGAAGGCCAAAGGCUUGCUUUUGGCAAACCAGUCCUUCAGCCCAGGCCUGGGUGGGGAGACCAGUGUCCUCUGCCGUCUUCAACAGUUCCCCUGCUGUGUGUCUGUGAGAGUUGACCAUUAUACCCAUGUCACUAGGCCUCCACUGUGUCCCCCCAAAUCCCAAACUCCACCUCCAUCCCCAGGCCAGAUUACCAGUCCUGACACCCUCUCUGCCCUGUGCUGGGGACCAGUCACCCCACAGACAAGCUCUACAGCCUGCCCUUAGGUGACCCUGGGCCCCUAGCCUGCUGAGCCACCAGCUCCCCUCCCUCAACCCUGAUGGCCCACCACUUCUCCUGGGGUGUUGUCCUCUCCCCACUUCUCCCACACAGACCUCUGCUGAAUUAAAGUUUGUAAUUAAACGGUUUUAAAGAAA